GGGGAGCGGGCUGGCAGCGGCGGCCGGCUGGGCGCGCACUGCCGGGAUGGACGGCGAGCGCCUAGCGUCGGGCUCCUCGGAGCUGGCGGUCGGGGAGAGCCCGCGGGGCGGCGCCCCGAUCCCGAGCGGCAGCGGUUCCUGCAGCCUGCUGCAGGCCGAUGUGCUGGAUCUGGACGAGGACGGGGACGACCUGGAGGUGUUCAGUAAGGAUGCCUCACUUAUGGACAUGAAUUCCUUCAGCCCUAUGAUGCCAACAUCUCCUUUGUCGAUGAUAAACCAAAUCAAGUUUGAAGAUGGACCAGAUGUAAAGGAUCUCUUCAUUACCGUUGACGCACCGGAGAGCCAUGUCACUACAAUUGAAACUUUCAUCACAUACAGGAUCUUAACCAAGACAUCUCGUGGGGAAUUUGAUUCCAGUGAAUUUGAAGUCAGGCGUCGUUAUCAAGAUUUCCUGUGGUUGAAGGGCAAACUGGAGGACGCGCACCCCACUCUCAUUAUCCCGCCAUUGCCGGAGAAGUUUAUCGUGAAAGGGAUGGUGGAGCGUUUUAACGAUGACUUCAUUGAGACCCGCAGGAAGGCACUACAUAAGUUCCUGAACAGGAUCGCUGAUCAUCCAACCUUAACAUUUAACGAAGAUUUCAAGGUUUUCCUCACUGCACAAGCCUCGGAAUUGUCUUCCUAUAAGAAGCAAGGACCCGGCUUGCUGAGCAGGAUGGGGCAGACCGUCAGGGCGGUAGCAUCUUCCAUGAGGGGAGUGAAGAACCGGCCAGAGGAGUUCACGGAAAUGAAUAACUUCAUUGAAACCUUUAGCCAGAAAAUCAACCUAAUAGACAAAAUAUCUCAGAGAAUCUACAAGGAAGAAAGGGACUAUUUUGAUGAAAUGAAAGAAUACGGCCCUAUUCAUCUUCUGUGGUCAGCAUCAGAGGAAGAGUUCGUUGACAUGCUGAAAGGCAUCGCCGGCUGCAUUGACCAGUGCUGCAAAGCCACUGAGAAGCGGAUGUCUGGCCUGUCAGAGGCCUUGCUGCCUGUUGUCCAUGAAUAUGUGCUUUAUAGUGAGAUGUUAAUGGGUGUCAUGAAGAGAAGAGAUCAAAUACAAACAGAACUGGAUUCAAAAGUUGAAGCUUUGACCUACAAAAAGGCUGAUGUUGAUCUGCUUACCGAAGAAAUCGGAAACCUUGAAGAUAAAGUGGAAUGUGCCAAUAAUGCCCUGAAGGCAGAUUGGGAAAGGUGGAAACAGAACAUGCAGAACGAUCUCAAGUCCGCGUUUACCGACAUGGCAGAGGAGAACAUCCGCUACUAUGAGCAGUGCCUUGCUACAUGGGAAUCAUUCCUCACCUCACAGACUGACCACUCCUUGGAAGAAGACUCUGAAGAAAAACUUUAAUUCUAUGGAAGACUCCUGUUUGAUCUUUGAGAGGUAGCACCUAUCGACCAAAGUUAUUUUUUCUGGAUUGGCUGUGCCCUUUAAAAAGAGGAUGACAAAUGAGUUUGCACUGUCUGGAAAACCAACAGCUUUAAAAACUCAGGUAUUCCAGGUCAUCAGUAUGAAUUUGUGAUAUAAAUGUAUCUAUCUAGAUAUAUAGGUCUAUUAUAUGAUAUAUAUUCUAUAGAUCUAUAGAUCUGUUAUAUGGAUAGAUAUUUGCCAAUGUCUAUGUGGAUAGAAGGAGAUUUAGUGUUAUUUUAUGUUUUUAUUUUAUGUUUUUAAAUUUAUGCACAAUUAAUUACAUAUAGAGGUUUUUUUCUUACGUAUUUGACUGUGGAACAUUACAUUUUUGAAUAUGUUGCAAAGACUUGGUUUUAAUAAAAUCUUUAUUAAGAAA